UUUGUUACUCAUAGAUAAAAGUGCAGAUUCAUUUCAACGUAUCACACACUUGAACUCGCUAAAAGUUUCUAAUGGUAAUAAUAAUGCUGUUUACAAUUCAUGGUUAAUUAUAACAACUACAAUAAACAACAAGGCAUCAACAGAAAGGAAAAGCGAAAUUAAGUAUUUGUAUUAAUUCUUUUUUUUACUAAAAGGAAAUAAUAAAAAUGGAGGUGGAAACUAUAGCAACCACAAGUUUUAAAACAGGAUGGUCUCGAAUGGAAAGAGUGCUCUUCGUAUUGACUCUGUUAUUAGUCAUCUGUGUCUUAGCAGUUACUUCAGCAUUGGUUUUAGUUAUUUUCAGAUCAAGAACUGGGAAACAAAUCGAUAAAAAUGCAACCACUACUGCUGUCCCAUCCUUAAAUCCAUUCUUAUCAUCAACAGUCAGUAGUUCUAUACAACCUAAUGCUACUAGGAUUACUGGACUGACUGGAACAACUCAUUAUACAACAAAGACUGGCCUCGCAAAUACCUCAGUAAAUAUUAACUCACAACCAACAUCAACACUUAAAUCGAAUGUAUCAUUAUCGAAAACUUCAAAAUAUAUUCCGACACAAACAUCGAUACAGCACUCAACAUAUAGUACAAAAAGUGGGAAAUCUGUUCGAACCACAGCAUCGACCAUUCAAAUGUCUACUACAAAAUCACACUUGAACAACAAUGGUACCAAAAUGCAACCUAAUACAACAGUGCCGUCAACUCCACAACCUGCAACCACUAAACAAUCAAAUGUUCAACUCUGCCAGACAAAAGGAUGUGUCAUUGCAGCGGCACGUAUUCUGCAAGCAAUGAAUAUGUCAGUUGAACCUUGUACCAACUUUUAUCAAUAUGCAUGUGGAGACUGGAUUGAUACACAUCCGGUAAAGCCAUAUAGUGCAAAAGACAUUUUCAGGGAGGACAUAAAAAUUGAAAAACAACGAAUUAUUGAACUUCUUAAAGCCAAAAUAAGCAGAUAUGACAUCGAUGCAGUGAAGAAAACAAAGCUGGCUUAUGAAUCUUGCGUAGGAAUAUAUUACAUCAAAGAAAAAUCAUUUAUGAAUGUUAAUUAUUUGGUACAAGAAGCAGGUGGAAUGCCAAUAGUGACCAAAGGAUGGAAAGCCAAUGAAUCUCUAAUUGACUACAUGGUAAAUGCAAGAGCACAAUUUGGUGCAAUGCCACUAAUACCAGUGCUUGUUGAAAUUGACCAGAAGAACACAUCCCGUAAUAUAAUUUACUUAGGAGCGGGUUCCGAAGCGACAGGUAAAUCAAUCACUUCGAAUGUCCCUUACUAUGCACAUUUAAGAGACCCCGAAUAUGACGAGCUGCUAUCACAGGUGCUGAAACAGUUCGACGUUAAACAUUCAGACGUAAAAGAACAAAUAGAUGAACUUUCGAAUUUCAUCAAACAACUCGGAAUUUUAAAAUGGCAAAGUCGAAUCGAUAUUGAUGACGUACCUGCAAUGUAUCAUUUGACAACACUUGGAGAAAUAGCUGCGAAUUACACAUCGUUUGACUGGAAGUCAUUUCUACAAAAACUACUCAGCAUCAAUGGCACUAAUACCGAACUUCCCAGCACGGAACCUAUAAUUGUGGAAUCCCCCAAAUAUAUUUCCGGUAUGAUGUCUUUGAUUAACCAAACUAAUAUCAGAACUCUUCAGAAUUACAUUAAACUAUCUACAAUAAUGUAUUACCAAAGUUCACUUGGAAUCCGUUACCGUACCAGCUCAUACAUAAGUUCCAAAAAUAUCAAGAAUAAAUAUGCGGUGAACAGCGACGAGAGAGCAGAGGAAUGUUAUAACAUAUUCACAGAAGACUUUAAACAUGUUUUAGGUUGGAUGUUCGUGCAAAAGUAUUUCAUGAACAAUCAGAGAAAUGCAGUAAAAGAGGUGACAACUAUAACUAACUACAUAAUAAAUGCUGUCCGUAAACUGCUACAGGAUAAUAAGUGGCUUGGAGAAACAAGUAAAAGCAAAAGUUUAGAAAAGAUUCAACAACUUGUGAAAAUAAUUGGAUUCAAUGCAAAAACUAUGACUGCACAGAACGUUAAUGAGUUUUUUCAAGGAAUGACUAUCACGGCUAACAACUUUUUCCGAAAUAUAAUUCAAAUCAAGUCAAAAAGAUUGAAGCUGACUUUAACAGAGUUACGCGAAAAGCCUAGCCGAAAGGGGACUUCGACUACAUCACACAUAAAUGCUUCUAGUAAUUCAAAAUAUGUUUCCAGUAAGGAAAUUCUCAAGUGA